AUGCCCGAGAUUCUCAUCGGCGACUACUCUUCCACCGUCUCAAGGAGAUUGGCAUCGACACCGUUGGAUUGCACCCCCGACGAGCUCGUCGGCGCAUAUGCGGCCGACGGCUACGCGCGAGUCAAGGGCGCCGCCGCCCUGGUCACCACCUUUGGGCCCGGGGAGCUGAGCGCCCUGUGUGGAAUCGGCGGCGCCUACUACGAAAACGUGCCCGUCGUCCACAUCGUCGGCUACCCAACCAUCCCCGCCCAAAAGAGCGGCAAGAUUCUCCACCACACUUUGGGAGACGUCACUAUGUCAAGAUCUCUGGGAGCUCUCAUGCGCUACUACAACCUUGAAAGACCCAACUACAGCCGUGGCCGAAAUCGACCGGGUCCUGAACGGUACACCUCCAGCCUUCACCCGCUGGUCGACGCCCUCAAGAUCCCCGUCUUCGUCACCGUCAUGGGCAAGGGCGUCGUCAACGAGGACCUGGAUCCCCUGUUGCUGAUAACGCGUGCCAUGCCCAGCGGGUUCUUCACCGAGAUUGCCGACCAGUCGUUCAUUGUCGACUUUCAGCGCUUCUUCUGCGGCUGGGACGCUGCGUAUAAUGAUGUCUACCCCUGGGACUACUCGGCCAUCUUCAAGGCGCUCGCGACUGAUGUGCCUAACGUCAAAAGGUUCAAGACCACGACCGCCGCCGAGCUCGACGCCCUGCUCGCCGACGACGAGUUCAACUCGGCCACCUAUCCCCAGUGCGUCGACAUAGUCAUGGACCGCUACGAUGCGCCGACGGCCAUGAAGGCCCUGUUUGAGUUGAAGGCCAAGAACUCGCAGAAAAGCGAGUAA